ACAUAAAGACUACCUGCGCUGAGUGAACGCUGAAGUUCAUUCUAAAUCGGUAUUUUUCACGUAGUGGUACCUCAACGCGAUUUUACACAAACAAAAUGCCUUUCACUCCCGCUGAAACUCCAAAAUGCCCUAAAUGCGGUAAAUCUGUAUACGCUGCCGAGGAACGUGUUGCCGGAGGCUAUAAAUUCCAUAAAACUUGCUUCAAAUGCGGAAUGUGCAACAAAGCUUUGGAUUCCACAAACUGCACAGAACAUGAAAAGGAAUUGUAUUGUAAAAAUUGCCAUGGACGCAAAUAUGGUCCCAAAGGUUACGGUUUCGGUGGUGGUGCUGGUUGCCUAUCCAUGGAUACUGGAGCACAUUUGAACAAAGAAGAAUUGGAUGGUGUACGCAAUGGUGCCCGUCUUGAACCCAGAAAGAUUGCUAAAGCUCCGGAAGGCCAAGGUUGUCCUCGUUGCGGCGGUUAUGUCUACGCUGCCGAACAAAUGUUGGCCAGAGGCAGAGGUUAUCAUCGAAGAUGCUUUAAAUGUUUACUCUGCAAUCGCACUCUGGACUCGACAAUGCACUGCGACGGUCCCGAUAAGGAAAUCUAUUGCAGAGGUUGUUAUGCUCAGAGAUUCGGUACCAGAGGUUACGGCCAUUUAGGCAUGUCUUCAUUAGGAUUAAUGUCCGACAUUAAAGAUUGCGAAUGGCAAAGUGAACACGCUCCCCGUGCAGGCGUAGUUGAUGUCAGCAAGAUUAAGGCGCGUCCCGGAGAAGGUUGUCCACGUUGCGGUGGUGUAGUGUUUGCAGCUGAACUUGUUCUAUCCAAGGGUCGCGAGUGGCACAGGAAAUGCUUCAAAUGCCGAGACUGCACCAAAACCCUAGAUUCGAUCAUUGCUUGCGAUGGUCCCGAUAAAGAAGUCUACUGCAGGACUUGUUAUGGUAAAAAAUGGGGUCCGCAUGGUUAUGGUUUUGCUUGCGGCUCUGGUUUCUUGCAAACGGACGGUAUGACAGAAGAACAGAUUGCUGCAAGUCGUCCAUUUGCACCGCCUGAUACGACUAGUAUUAAGGCUCCGGAAGGUGAGGGCUGCCCACGCUGUGGCGGUGCAGUGUUUGCUGCAGAACAGCAAUUGUCGAAGGGUAAGAUGUGGCACAAGAAAUGUUACAAUUGUUGCCAGUGCCAUCGCCCGUUAGAUUCAAUGUUGGCCUGCGAUGGGCCCGACAAAGAGAUCUACUGUAAGGCCUGCUAUGGUAAAAAUUUCGGACCCAAAGGUUUCGGCUAUGGUCACACUCCCACCUUAGUGUCCACUUCGGGCCAAAAUACUAUGCAAUACCCCGAAGGAAAACCAUUUUCAGGUCCCAAAUCAUCGAGUGGAUGUCCACGAUGCGGCUUCGCAGUAUACGCUGCUGAGCAAAUGAUUAGCAAAAGUCGCAUUUGGCAUAAAAGAUGUUUCCAUUGCGCCGAUUGCCGCAAAUCUCUGGAUUCGACCAAUUUGAACGACGGACCCGAUGGUGAUAUUUAUUGCAGGGCUUGUUAUGGUCGCAACUUUGGUCCUAAAGGUGUUGGUUACGGUUUAGGCGCUGGUACUCUGACUAUGGCUUAAACAAAAAGAAAAAGAACGGAAAAUAAACAAACAAAAGCAUUUCCAUAUAUCAGUUGAAUACCACUACAACGAUUAAAAUGAAAAAUGUUUGAUUUAAAAUUCAACUUCUAUAUUUGAAAUAUCAACGAACAAACGAUCUAAUGAAAACCGCACCUAUACACAAAUGGAAUUAACGACCGUAAACUCAAACGAAACUUUUCUUUCUUGUUAAGGAACUGGAACGCUUAAAAACACAACAACAACAACAACAACAACAA